UCUGGACUCUGCUUACCUCCAGCUCAGUGCAGAGGACACACCAACCCCGAAGAGUGUGGCUGAGGCCAGCUCAGCACCUUUGGACUUGAAGAUGGCCCCUUUCCAGACCAAUAAGGAACUGAUUUCUACAGGGAUAAAGGAGUUUAACGUUCUGCUGAAUCAGCAGGUCUUUAAUGACCCCCUCAUCCCUGAGGAGAGCAUGGUGACUGUGGUGGAUGACUGGGUGAACUUGUACAUCAACUAUUACAAGAACCACGUGCUUGGGGAGCAGCAGGAAAAAGACAAGGCGCUGCAAGAACUCCAGCAAGAGCUGAGUGCUUUGGGCAGUCAGUUUCUGACCAAAUAUAGGACCAUUCUGAAGACCAGAGAACCCUCAAACAGAGAACUGCCUUCCUCAUAGCCUAAAAGUUGAAGGUAUUACAUCUAAGAACCCUGAAGUCUUGGGCUCUGGAUUAUGUCUCCAGACUAUUCUCUCAUGGUGUUGCUGGACCUGGACAUCUCAAUAAAGACCAAUACGAAUUUGCUGA